AAAAGCUGGAGACAGUCUCCACAGCACCUCAGACAGCAGCCUCAGUGCGCCUCGGCGGCCCAAACGGGAUCCUCCUCUACUUUGAUAGUUGCUUAAUUACUCAUGUGAUGGCAUGCAGAUGUCUGGGAUGCUCCAGCUCAAAGUUCUCCUGAAUAACUCGCUGACUGAGUGAGUGACAGGAUCCGAGGGGAGGCAGACGUUUAAGGAGCGCUCUGGCAUGUAAAUAAUUGGACUUUGUGAACCAAACAACGUAACACGUUCAGCAAUGGCCCCUUUGACCCUAUGCACAUUCUUGAUAACAGCCAUUGUGGCCUCCAGUGGAUUGACUCAAGCAAAUAUCACUGAAGAGGUCACUAGCACUCUCUUUCCCAUCUCCACCAUUAUUCCCAUGGAAUCCAUCAGCCAAGCGGGAAAUCUCCGAGGCUCUGAAAGCCAUGGAAAAGCCAAUAACACAGACAUCCCAAUCCGCUGUACAAAAUCCAUUUUCUUGACAGAUACCUUCAAGGUCAUCCAUACCUUCAUUUCGUGUGUGGUAUUUGUGGUGGGCUUGGUGGGUAACGCCACAGUCCUGAGGAUUAUCUACCAGCACAAGUGCAUGAGAAAUGGACCUAAUGCUCUUAUUGCAAGCCUGGCACUGGGUGACCUCAUCUACAUCAGCAUAGACAUUCCCAUCAUGUUAUACAAGCUUCUGAUGGAACAUUGGCCACUGAGCCACACUGAAUUUGGUAACUUCCUGUGUAAACUGGUGCCCUUCCUUCAAAAAGCAUCAGUGGGCAUCACAGUGCUGAACCUGUGUGCACUCAGCGUGGACAGGUACAGGGCUGUUGCCUCGUGGAGCCGUGUUCAGGGAGUCGGCAUUCCUUUACUCACUGCUGUUGAAAUUGUGGUCAUCUGGGUGCUUUCAUUCAUUCUGGCCGUGCCUGAAGCUAUAGGGUUUAAAGUGGUGCACCUGCCGUUUAACAACAUCAGUUACAAUGUCUGCAUGCUCAAACCUCCUGCGUCCUCCACAUUCAUGGCGCAUUAUAUUAUUGCAAAGGACUGGUGGCUGUUUGGAUUUUAUUUCUGUGUGCCGCUGGCCUGUACAGCAAUUUUUUACACCCUCAUGACCUUCAAGAUGCUCAGCCACAGGAAUGGAGCUCUCCGGAUUGCACUUAGUGAACAUCUCAAACAGAGGCGAGAGGUCGCCAGGGCCGUUUUCUGUCUGGUCUUGAUCUUUGCGCUCUGCUGGUUCCCCCUGCACGUCAGCAGACUCCUGAAGAAAUUUUUGCCCGACAUAAAAGAUGCAGGCCGCUGUGACUUGUACAAAUCCCUGUUGAUCCUGGACUAUGUUGGAUUGAAUCUGGCCACCAUUAACUCCUGCAUCAAUCCCAUCAUCCUGUAUUUUGUCAGCAAGAAGUUCAAGAAUUGCUUUAAGUCUUGCUUGUGUUGUUGUUGGCGCAGCUCAAAGAACCAAGUCACCAGCUUGGGGCAGAUGAAUGGCACAAGUAUCCAGGAGUUACAGCUUGGAGGUACUGGGAAUCAAACUCACAACUGUCCGAUACAUAGUCUGGAGUCCCUAACCAUUGAGUCACCACUUCCCACUCUUAGUGACACCUCUGGUCUGGAAGACCAAAUGAGUUUCGACCAAGAUUUGCUGACAUGAUCGAAGACAAUCAUCGAUGAUAUCUGAAGAGUUCAGAGGAAUCUAGUGCUAUUCUGUGCUGGACACAGAGUGAUCAAAGCUGCUUAGACUGUAUACAUAUAUAUAUAUUUCACUACACACUAUACAAUGGGGCUGAUGUAUGCAAAGUUCCCAGAACAAACAUUCCCAUAAUCUUCUGCGGGGAUGUUUUGCCAUGAGAGAAAGGGCAAAGGUGGAGGAGGGUCAGCAGGAUGCAGCUGAAUGUCAACUAUUAAUGAACCCAAUCAGAGGCCCAAGAAGACACAAUAACUUGGCUACACAAAUACAUGCAUAAGCUAUGUAUACUCUUUCUCAAGGGACAGGAAACUGGAGGAAGGAAGAAUCAUGUAAUGUGCUACAAAUCUUGGAUAUGGAUGUAAAUAUGGAUUACACUAAAAAAAAAAAACAAUCCUCCCUCUUCCUUCCCAUUGCUGCUUAUGAGUGCUUUCUAAAUUCAGAUCUAUUCAGAUCCAAGAAGACUGAUUUGACUUUCAUUGCACGCAUCCCUCACUUCAGACUGUCAAAACAAUCUGAAUUUUUUUUUCCUACCCUGGAUGUCUUUAUGUCUUUGUUUUUAAUUUCAAAGGGACAAGUCUGUUUUGCACAAACAUUUUCAUGAGCACAAUAGCGCCACUAAUGGUUAUAAGAAAAAUACACAGAAUGUCUUGAAGAAGCAGUAAGCAAAACUGGGGCUGAUUUCUUUCUAGCCCAGACUGUUAGUGACAGUCAUGUCUUUCAUGUGUUGUAGAGAGUGUAUCAUGCUACAAGAUCAUAGCAACUUUGCCUGCAAACUAGUAAUCAACUCAAGCUAGCAUCCAAUGUAGCUAGAUACAGUAGUUAGCAAAAUGUAUGAUGAAUAAUAUGCAUUGUAGAGGUGCACCAUGGUAACUGGGUACCUCAUGGUCCCAGGCUGACCAGUUAGAGAUCUCAGAGCCCCAGAGGUGUGGUGUGCAUGGCUCAUUGGCGUGCCAAUAUGCGCCGGCACUCACCAAUCCAACUCCCACUGAUGGGUAACUAGGAAGCCUGGAUGGUAGACUUGGUGCUACAGGAAAGGAGCCUCCUGUGGUGGCGUAGGGCGCAUGAAGGGGUCUGUUCACUCCCACCAACCAUCAUCAGCAUUGGAGGAGUUGCGGCCCCUAUGCUGAGGUGCCACUCGCACUAGCAUAGUAAGGUCAAAAGAUGGAUCAUGAUAUUGGGCCCGGCUGAGGCCGCCCAAAGUAAUGAUGAAUAAUAAUGGACAUUAACGAGCAUAUGAUUUUUUUUAAAUAGGCUUAUUAAACAUCUAUGUAUUAUUUGUAUUUAGAAAAUACAAAACUAACGUACACACAAGACAUUUUCAUAUAAAUUAUAACUUGAUUUGUUUAUACAAUUAUCGAGGACCAAUUGCAAAAUUGUAGUGUGCAUUUCAAACAUAUGUAUCCAAAAUUCUUCCCAUCCAAGUGUCUGUUAUUACUGUCAUGUUAGAUGGAUGAGACUGAAUGAGUACAGACUGCACACAGUGUUCUGGUUCUUGAUAGUAACCAGAAAGAUCAAGCUUUCACCCAUCUGUUUAUCGUUUUAUAAAAACUUCCGGAUCUUUUGAUGAUCAUCCAAGUGGUUUAUUCCAAAGCUAAAACAAACACUCAUGUCAGCAGUUGUUUAUGCCCUUCUGCUCUGCUAAACACUGCAUUUUUCCUGAAAAUUGUUUUUUUUUCUUCCCUUUUACAAGUAGGGUCAUGAACUUUGAUAUAUUCUGAUAUAUAUCCAAGGAGACAACUUGUCUCUGGUAGUUUUUUUUUUUUACCAUUCCUUCCUUACAUAUGACAUUGAUCAAAAUCUGGCAACUUUGCCCACUCUUGUUUGAAUUUAUAUAGAAACAUAGCUACAAGAAGCGAUUACGGGGCCAAGCAUUUCUGCAUCCCAGUCUUUUGCAAUGGAGCCAUUGGGACCAUUAGCACUAGUAAAUUACAUGAUACAACAGCAGGUCGUUGAUGAGAUACGGCCUUACUUGGUAUUUGGUGACAGAUUCGUUCGUACGACAAAGACGAAGCAUUUUGAAAUUCUUAAAUAUGAAAAAUCAUACUAUAUAUCAUCAUGUUAUAUUUGGGUUGGUCUCAUGACUCAGUAAUCUCGUGAGUCCUCCAAAAGAUGUGUCGUCAUAAUCAUACAAAUUUGGUUUCCUUUUACAUCCCUUUCUUCUAAUCCCAGCAUGAUAAAUUUGCAUUUCAACUCAAUCACAAAGAGAUCACCAUUCAUUAUCAAUGAGGAGUUGAUUUCUAUUUAUUUAUUUAUUUAUUUUCGUUUUUCUUGCUCUGUACAUGACUCUAAGUAUUUCUGCAAUUGUGUUCUGUAUAAACUUGCUCCCAUGUUUUAAUUCUGCCUCAUAUAAUCCUAUAUCCUCCUGGGAACCAAGAAAAAAAAUGUGUCUCUCAAGUUCUCUUUUGUUGUGAUUUCCUUACUAGGAAUUUCCCAGCAACCCUCCUAGUCGCAUAAUAGAUCAUUGGAAAGCCCAGGAUGUACUCUUUACAAGACACCAGGAUUCAAGUGAAUAGCUUGAAAGAGUAAGAGGGUGUGCAUGUAAAACAAAUGUCAACUACAGAGGACACAAGUCUAUAGGUUGGUUCCCAGGAGGAGAUAAUGAGAAGAUGCUCUGAAGCUUGAUUAACUGCUGAAGGAACACACACAGUGGAUGAUUCCUUCCUGAAGUCUUCCAGCUGGGGUUAACUUGUCUUGUCUAGCCAUUCAGUUAGAAACACAGAGAAUAAUGACUUUUGACCCUCUUCAACAUUUAGAAUUAGCUCACAGAGGUUAGCCAACUUCAACAAACCCUUGGUAGUAAUGUUGAAAAAAAAAAAAAAGACCAUUCCUAAGUUCAGAGCGAGGGCUUGGGAACGAAGAGGCCUCUGCAUUAAAGUGAAAAACUGCCAAGAGGUCUAAAAAUGUCUCUUUACUUCCUCAUAACACUGUGAAUCCUUAUGCCUACCUAUUACUCACUGUGUAUACAUGUUGUGUUAUUUCUAUUGUAUAUAUUUACGCUGAAGUAUAUGCAUAAGUAUAUGAAUAUAUUCUGAAAUUUAGCAGCAGUUAUGGAUUUCUCUUUUGAAAAUGAAAUAAACCAGCGGAAAUGAAGCAGCGCAGUAAAUAGCAUCCGGGAAGAUGGAAUUUAUUUGGAUGUUUAAAUUCAUGACUGUUCAGACAGCGACAAGAUCUUUUUUUUUUCAGCUGUUGUAUUGUACAUGAAGAAUAAUUCUACUUUUCAGAUGAAAAGAUUUUUUAGAUUUCAAUCUAUAAUGUACAACAUUGUAGAACUCUUGCUCACUUAACUCGACUCAAUGUUUUUUGUUUUUCGCACCAUCCGGUCUGUGUAAACUCUUGAGACUGUUGUGUGUGAAAACCCCAGGAGAUCAGCAGUUUCUGAAAUACUCAAACCAGCCCAUCUGACUCAAACCAACACCCAUGCCACAGUGAAAGAAAGUCACACUUUGAGAUCACAAUUUUGCCCAUUCUGAUGUUUGAAUGACGUGAACAUGAACUGAAGCGCUUGAUUUGUAUCUGCAUUGUGCUGCUGUCAAGGGAUUGGCUGAUUAGGUAGCCGCAUAAAACAGCAGGUGGAUGUAUGGGUGUCCCUGAUAAAAUGGCCAGGGAGUGUAUAUUAUAGUCAUACCACUUCGUGAUGUGUCAGACCGAGUCGGCUCAUGUGAACAACUCGCUUCUGAUUCAUUUACAAUCCGGGAUUCAUCAGAGUCGACCUUUGACCUGCCCAAGGUUCAUUUGAGUGCCGCCUGAGGAUUCAUCCCUCACUGAGAUCCAGCAGUAAAUAAUAAUAUACUGUAUCACAGACUCAUUAAGUUGUUAUUCAAACAAUAUUUUGCCUGUUAUUGGUCUAGUAUCUCACUGGCAUGUCUCAGUCUUUCAUUUUUUGUAUAGUAUGUUUUUUUUUCAAGUACAAUAAAAAUCUUAUACAAUCAUACAAUAAAA